AUGAAUCAGAUGAAUCUUGGGAUGAAUCCUGGGGUCGGAGGGCCAGUGGGCGGUGUUCCCAUGAUGAACAAUGGUUCUACAGCUCCUCGGAAUGACGGCGGCAUGAACAUGAACAAUCCUGAAAUGAUGAUCAACAACCUCAACACCUAUAUCUACGACUACUUCCUUAAGCGUGGCUACCACGACUGCGCGCGCGCCCUGGUACAAGAUGAAUCUAUCAAGAUCAACACGGACAGCGGCACGAAGACUAGCCCUGGCAGUCGGGGCGACAUGAAUGGCAUCGAUGGCGAUUCCAUGAUGACUGAUGGGAAGGACGGUGAGAAGAUCAAGAUCCCCGAUGACCUCCCUCGCCCCCAGUUGCCCAACGAGAGUCUUCAGUCCUCUUUCUUGCUUGAUUGGUUUAGCAUCUUCUGGGACUUCUUUUGGGCUCAGCGCAAGCGAGGUAACAGCAACGAUGUUCGACAGUACCUCCAGCACACUCAGAACUUGAUGCGUAUGCGCGAGCAACAGCACAACCAGAUGAUGCGUCAACAGCCCAUGAUGCCCGGUCAAGUUCCCCUUGGCGUUCGCCGCAGUGCUAAUGGCAUGGUUCCUCCUAACCUGCAAAAGGCGGCUUUAAACAACGGCCUGUCUCAACAACAACUCGCGCAGUUCCAGAAGAACCAGCAGCAGCAAAUGCAGAUGAUGCAACAGAUGCAACGGGAGCAGUCUGAAAUGGACAUGAACGGAAACCGACCCCAGUCGCCUGCAUCCGCUGACAAUGCCCCCUCGCCGUCGAAGCGCCCACGUCUCGAGGGCAGUGCGGUGAACGGUCAACAAUUGGCUCCUAACGGACGAGGACAGGGACAGAUGCAGGGCCAGCAAAACCCUCAGCAGUUGAUGAUGCCGAAUGGGAUGCAAAGAGCCAUGAACCCGGCACAGUUCCCACAGUUCCAGCAAGGACAAGCUGCGCAACAAAAAUCCAUGCAGGUAUAUGCUCAAAACUUGGCUUUUCAUCACUCUCGCUCAGCACUGAAUUCCCAGGGUCUUCCGAAUGGUGGUAUGAUGAAUCCCGGUGUGAUGCCCAACCAGGCGGACCUGGUGCCGAUGCCGGACGGGCAAGGUGGUAUGUACCCGAUGGGUCCAGAUUACUACAACUCAAACGGUCAGCUCCAACAGGUCCGCCCAGGUAUGCAAACACCUGGCGGUCAGCACGGCAACCAUGCUCUCCAGGACUAUCAGAUGCAACUUAUGCUGCUUGAACAGCAAAAUAAGCGCCGCCUGAUGAUGGCUCGACAAGAGCAGGAUAGCAUGUCCCGUGCUGACGGCCAGCCCCCAAUGCCCGGUCAGGGAUUGCCUCCGGGCACAUCCCCUCAGGGCAGCAGGGCGGGUGCGUCCCCGAACCCCAGCGAACAAAUGAAACGAGGCACGCCCAAGAUGCCUCAGACCGGUCUGCCGGGAUCUCCGAGCGCCGGUGACAUGAGCCAAAACCGCGGGUCUCCCGGCUCCAUGAACCUCAAUGGCGGUCAAAUGCCGCCCGAGAUGGCUGGUGCCGGGUUCUUCCCUGGACCCGGUGGGCAGAUGCGUCCUCCUAGUUCCAACCCGGCUUUCACCGGGGCGCAGAUGGGCCAGCCGAUCCCCGCCAAUGUCAAUCGAAUGCCCGGUGGACAGUGGCAGCCUGGACAACCCAUGCCUCAGCACUCGCCAGCAACUCAGCCCCAGGCUGGCACUCCCCAGGAUCGCAACAACAUGCCUCCGCCUCAGGCGCCACCGGCUGGCGCCAACGCAGGCCGCGCCCAGCCUCCUUCUCCUCAGACCACCGGCAACGCGCCACCCACCCCUCAGCAGUCCACCAAGGCUGCUCCCAAAGGCAAGAAGGACGGUGCAAAGGAGACCACUCGCAAGCGUCCUAACAAGAAGAACGCUGCCGCUGCGGCUACUGCUGCAACCCCGUCGACUGAGGCCAAUGAGCCUACUCCGACGCCGUCCACUCCUGUCACACCCCAUCCUCCUCCCAACUCGUUCCCCAAGGGCGGACCCAAUGCCACUGCAGGCGCUGCUCCUCAGCAGUCUGCGGCUCCAGCACCCCCGAUGGUUCAACCCACCCAAGACCCGAACCAGCAAACUUUCAACGACCUUACUAUUCCAGAUGCCUCUGCUUUCAAUCUUGACUUUAGUGCUCUGGAUAAUCCCGAUAUUCUGGAGAGCUUUGACUUUGAUACAUUCCUCAACACCGAUGGAGACGCGACUGGCUUUGGCUUUGAUCCAAGCAUGGGCUACUCCGCCGAUGGUGUUGAGACCGGGGCUGGUGACACCCUGUGA